AUGAAGUCCUCUAUCUACAUCCUCGGUGCGCUGCUGCCGAUUGCCGGGCAGUUGGCCGCAGCUGCCCCGGUUGCAAACCUGGACCCCGACACUCUGGAAAAGAGACAAGCAGCUAUCCCUCCUGCUACGGCCAGUGUGUCCGCCAAUCCCACUACUGCCAAUGUGGCUGCUGCUCCCACUACUGCUGGUGUGGCUAGCUCUGGUGGUAGCGCUAGUGUGUCCGCCACUGCUCCAGGUCGUCCCGGCAGCGCCCCCUUUGCUCCUCGUCCUUCUAGCUCAACCAGCUCUGCUAGUGCGGAGGCUACUGCGGAAAGCGGCGGCAACAGACCUCAGAGCGUCGACGUCAGCAGACCUCAGACCGGCGGUGAGACCUCUAGGCCGCCCAAAGAGGUAUUGGAGAAGCCUAUCCCUAAUACCCCGCCUGGACCCCCUACCACCGUCGUCAACACCGCCAUUGCCAUUGCCAUCUCAGGCGGUAGUGGACAGGCUGCCGCAGCCGCCGCAGCCUCUGCAGCCUCCUCGUCUGGUGGAUCAGCUUCUGCCACUGCUGCCGCCUCCGCCGCCUCUGCCGCCGCCUCCGCUGGUGCAAGUGCAAGCGAUGUCGCUGCCUGUGCUGCAGCCGCCGCCGCCGCCUCUUCUGGAGGCAGUGGAAGCGCUGCCGCCGCUGCUGCUUCUGCCGCAGUCUCCUCUGCUGGUGGAACAAGUGCCGCCGCCGCUGCUGCUGCAGCUGCCUCUGCUGCUGGUGCAAGUGGAAAGGAUGUCGCCGCUGCUGCCGCUGCCGCUGCCGCCGCCGCGGGUGGUUCUGAUGGACAUGGUGCCGCAUCUGCUGCUGCCGCCGCCGCUGCUGCUGCGAGUGGUGGAGAUAGUGGUGGAGAUAGUGCCGCCGCUGCUGCCGCCUCUGCUGCUGCGUCCGCUGGAGGCAAUGGCUGGGAUGUCGCUACUGCCUCUGCCGCAGCUGCUGUAGCUGCUGCUGGUGCUAGCGGACAGGAGGUUGCCACUGCUGCUACGGCUGUAGCUACCGCCUCUGGUUCCGGAAGUGUUGCUGCUGCUGCUGCGGCUUCCUCGGCGGCCUCUUCUGGUAAGAGUGGAAAGGAGGUCGCUGAUGCUGCGGCCAAGUCCUCCGCUUCCGCUUCCGCUUCUUCUGCAACUCGAACUCGUCGUUCCCCUGAACCCCAGGGUGGCAAUGGUGGUGAGGGCAAUCGUGGUGGUGGUGAUGGCAACCGUGGUGGUGGUGAGGGCAAUCGUGGUGGUGGUGAUGGCAAUCGUGGUGGUGGUGAUGGCAAUGGUGGUGAUGGCAACCGUGGUGGUGAUGGCAACCGUGGUGAUGACAACCGUGGUGAUGACAAUCGUGGUGAUGACAAUCGUGGUGAUGACAAUCGUGGUGAUGACAAUCGUGGUGAUGACAAUCGUGGUGAUGACAACUACGGCUAUGGCGAUCACGGCUACUACGAUCCCAACUAUGGCGAUCAUGGUUAUGGCGAUCACGGUUAUGGUGACCACGGCUACUACGAUCCCGGCUAUGGCAAUCAUGGCUAUGGCGACCACGGCUGCGAGAUCUCGGACGCAUUCUGGUACUAUGACCAACCCAAUCACUCGAGCCACCGUAGUGGCAAGGCUAAGGUUGGCUCGUACUUUGAGUCGCACUGCAAGGACCACGACUGGUAUAAGACCUCGGGAGGAUGGGUCCACAAGGACUAUAAGCCCAAGGGCUGCUAUGUCUCGGUCCGAGAAUGCUGAUCCUCCCACCUAUUUUCACGGCAGCUGCUACGAAAGAGUAUCUGAGUAUCUGAUCAGACUCUUCGUUGUAGUUCCGAUGAAGUGAAUUCGGGUCCUAUCUGGCCUGGAUCUAAUUGAAUCCAGAUCUGAAAUGAUCGACCCGGGGCCCCAAAUCUUAUUUGAAGCAAUUAAUAUCUGAUGCUGGAGUGUUGUUGUUGUGGUAAUGGGUGGAAAAGUACUGCGCUUUCUGAUUUCGUUGGCUUGGAAACACAUAUAUUAAUCAGGACCAAAUUGUAUGCCAUGACGGCUAGUUAUCGUUUUGGGAACUAAACACUGUCAAGUACUAAACUAAACUACAAUAUAUGCCUU